AUGGCCCUUCUGAAUUUCUUCUUCCCUGAGGAAAAGUCAUAUUCUGAAGAGGAAAGUAGGCGUGUUCACCGCAAUAAAAGAAGCAAAAGCAGUGAAGGAGCAGAUGGUCCAGUUAAAAAUAAGAAAAAGGGAAAGAAGGCAGGCCCUCCUGGGCCCAAUGGCCCCCCAGGACCUCCAGGACCUCCCGGACCCCAGGGACCCCCAGGGAUUCCAGGGAUUCCUGGAAUUCCAGGAACAACUGUUAUGGGACCACCUGGCCCUCCAGGUCCUCCUGGUCCUCAAGGACCCCCUGGCCUCCAGGGACCUUCUGGUGCUGUUGAUAAAGCUGGAACUCGAGAAAACCAGCCAGCUGUGGUGCAUCUACAGGGCCAAGGGUCAGCAAUUCAAGUCAAGAAUGAUCUUUCAGGUGGAGUGCUCAAUGACUGGUCUCGCAUCACUAUGAACCCCAAGGUGUUUAAGCUACAUCCCCGCAGCGGGGAGCUGGAGGUACUGGUGGACGGCACCUACUUCAUCUAUAGUCAGGUAGAAGUAUACUACAUCAACUUCACUGACUUUGCCAGCUAUGAGGUGGUGGUGGAUGAGAAGCCCUUCCUGCAGUGUACCCGCAGCAUCGAGACGGGCAAGACCAACUACAACACUUGUUACACCGCGGGUGUUUGCCUCCUCAAAGCCCGGCAGAAGAUCGCCGUGAAGAUGGUGCACGCAGACAUCUCUAUCAAUAUGAGCAAGCACACUACCUUCUUUGGGGCCAUCAGGCUGGGCGAGGCCCCUGCAUCCUAGAUUUGUCCUGUUUUACCCCUUACCUGUGCCCUUGCCCCAGGUUUGGGAGCUGGGACUGCCGGAACCUCUAAGUGCUGCUGUGGAGUGAGGUAUAUGGGUGCUGCAGCCACAGAGAGAAAUGCCCCAGUGCUCCAGGAUGACAAGGCCUGAUUGACCUUCCAGAAUGACCUUGAGUUAACAGGACAGUUGAUGGAGCCCCAGCGUUUACAUGAAGAAGAACCUUCUUCCUUGGCUCCAUGCUGACUGGCUUAUGGCAUGACUCUUCGACCUCAAGGUCCCUGCUGUCAGAAUUAUGGUUUGUUGCACUAAAGUGAGGGUCCUGGGCAGCAGGCGAGAGAAAGCAAAGGUGUACUCCAGACUGUGGGGGAGAACCUCUGACCCCAAGGGGGCUGCUGCUCCUCUCUGGGGUGGGGGUGGGGCCGGGGUGGGAUGGGAGGGGAGUGUCGCAUCAUAAGGAGAGGGACAGGGAGGGGAAAGGCAGGUGCUUGUGGCAGAGACCAAGGGAGAACCCUGCCAAGUGGGCGUCCUCAGCAGUGGAAGCAUUCUUGCUGCUCUGCACUGCAGCCUACCAGAGGGUCAGAGAGUUCUUCCCACUCAGGCUGAGAGCCAUGCCAUGCCAGCUUGCUGGGCUUUGGGAACACGAGGUUUGCUCUUCCUUGGAGUAAUUGUAGGGAAUGGCCACAGCCUCCCUGCAUAGGAACCUGAAGCCAAACUUGUGGCCACAUGUCUUUCGCUUUGUUUACAGCUGUGCUCCAUGCUUAGAAAACUCCUUGGGUCCCUUCCCAAUUGCCCCCCUUCCGGCCUGACUAGAGCUCCUGUCUUCUUUCUCCACAGAGCCUACCUCUGUCUGAGACAGGUGCCUAACCUGGGACCUGUGCUUAUGUGAGUCUGAGAUACUCUUUAGAUUUCCUGGGCACAAAGAGAAUUUUCCAUUUAUUAAGCAACACAAAUAUUCAUCUGGUCGAGUUCUGGAGCAAAGGGUUAGACUGGAUAAUCUCCAGAAGUCCUUUCAAAUUCUAAUAUUUAGGCAGCUACCAUGAUAGCCUACUAAAAUUCCCAAACUCUAGACUGCCCCUGGGCAUUGGCAAGACAGAGCUUUUCUACCUGACCCAGAAAGGGCGAGAGGUGGGGAUAGGACAGAAAGUGUUUUUCAAGUUUGCUGCAACCCAAGUGGUCGCUAGCCCAGGCCUUACCAGAAAGGGCAGCAGCUGAUGCCCUACUGACACCCUUUCUUCACUUUGGCUUCAGAAAGCCACAGCAGAGCAGAGCCACCGUAGAUUCCAGUGCAGCUCUCCUGAAUCCAGGCUCAGAAGAAGCCAGUGUCUAGGCACUGGGGAGAGCUUUGCUCUCUAGUCAGGCCCAAAGACACCUUCCCCCCUACCCCAAGUUUCCCACCGGAUCAUGUGGUGGGACCAUUCAAGGGCCUUAUUUCUAACUGUCUGGGCCCAGCCUGGCUUCUGGGUGCUGAGUCUAGCCCAAAGCUAGGAGGGCCAGUCUUGUACAGUCUGCUACUCUUGCCCCUGAAACAAGUUUCCUUUUGAAGAGAUGGGGAAUCAGUUCCUUCAGGCAGCUGAAAUCCACCAAAAACAACAGGUACUCAUUUCUCAGCUGUGCCUUCCCUUUCUAAGCAACUACACUGCUUGGCCCUUCAAGGGCCAGGGCAAGAGGUGGUGGGCUACACCACCAUUGUCUGUUGCUAAUGAGAGCCUUGCAACCCCGCAGGUGAGGCAAACUUGAGGCGUGUGUCUGGUCCUGGCCCCUAUAAAGUGCCUUAGUCCUCAAUUGUAGCAGGAACUGAUGAGAACCUCUCCUUAAAGUUUGGAACAUACUUUCUCUCUUAUUAUCUCCUUGAUAAUAUUACAAAUCCCAUUGUUUAGAUGAGGCUUAGAAAAGUUAAGUGCUUUGACCAGGAUCUCACCCAGCUUAAGUCACAGACCUGGAGCUUCAGCCAGGUCUGACUCCAAAGCUAUUCUGUUACCCUGCAGCAUUGUGUUGAAUUUGGGGUCUAGAGAGAACCAAUAAAAAUGGUAAUAUGGACCAGAAAACCUUGAGAGUCCUAAAGAGAAACCCAGAGAUGCUUAUUUUCAUUCCUUGAUGGUAAUGCCCAUUCUCUAGGCUGCCAGGAGCUCUGUGGCAAGAGUAGGACAUUUCUUUAGGAAACAUCCAUUAGCCUUAGAGCUCUUAUGUUCAGAAGAAUUGUCUUGGUACCAUCUCCAAGCAGCGGGCCUUCAGUACCACAGAACUGAUACACCUCAUGUUCUUUCACCCACCCAAUAAACCAACCAACCAUUGUGUCUGAAGCCCCUACU